UGCAUAAAGUGUCAAUCAAAAAAUAAUAAUAAUAAAAGCAACUAAUUUUAACCAGCGAAUCCAAAAGUGUGCUAAUCGUUCUUUUUGUUUAUAUUUGCAGCAAAGUGUGUUCGCGUUUGUUAUAUUUUGUAAUUAAAUACUUUUCGUAUAUUUUUUUUUAAAUGCGCGUUGCAACAAAUCAAAUUUUACAUACAUUAUUUUCGGCACUAGCGCAACCUGAGCUUGAACAAGUGUAACUAGCGCAAAUUGUCGUGUCGGUGCAAUAAAAGUCAAGUGUGUGUACGGGCACUUAACCAACCAACAACGCCCCGUCCCGCCCCGCCCCGCCCGCUCCGCAGCCAGUCAGGCAACGUUAGACAGAUAAGAGUGGUAGCUACUCACACACACACACACACCCGCACAGCGGCGUACAACGCGCGUUGACAAAGUAACGCAUUGCGCGAUAAAAGCCAAACAACUCUCGAUAAACGACAAAAUGAGCAGCAACUCGAGCAACUCGAGCAGGCGGAGCAGCAGCUACAAAGCGCUAGUGACGCAACUACUUGUGCUUAUCAGCAUCACAUCAGGCUUGCCGGGAAUCGAGUGCUUUCAGCGCUUCUCGGAACAGCCCAAGUACACGGAGGUGAAUCCGGGUCAGGACGCGCUGCUCACAUGCAAAGUAAUCGAUAAAAGGGGCACUUGCUCCUGGCAAAAGGAUAACAAGCCCGUUGGCAUCUAUGCCAAGAAAUACGAAUGGGCCUCACGUCCGCAUGGCGGCAAUGGUGUCUUACAAACGGAUCUACAGCCGCCACCGCUGCUCAUGCAAAUCGGUGGCGACUGCUCAUUGUGGAUACGCUCGGCUACGCUGGACUUUGACGAUGGCCUGUGGGAGUGCCAAGUGACGGCCAGUGAUUUUACCACGCAGGAUGCUCUGACUAGUCAACCGGUGCGAUUGGUUGUGCGUGUGACGCCACAACGACCUCGGCUGGAGUACGAGACGGUGCAUGUGCCGCCAGGACAUAACAUUACAGUGGAUGCCGGCUCGGUGGCGACAGUCAAAUGCGUCUCACAUUAUGGUAAUCCGCCUGCAACGCUUAAAUGGUAUUUGGGUGACCAGGAAAUUCAACCCAUACACGCGCAAACGAAUGUCACCGAACCGGAUAAUCCACGUACCUGGUCGGCCACUUCAGUGGUGCAGGUGCCGGCAAUGCGCGAACGCCACGGCGACAUGCUACGCUGUCUGGCCUACCACGAGUCCUACACAGCCAAAUCAGUGCCGGUGGAUGCGCGCAUGGAUGUUAAAUACGCGCCAACCAUUCGACUAAUUGGCUCGCCGGAAAUCGACUUGGAAGAGGAUAAGGAUGCGCUUGUGCUGCGCUGCGUGGCCGAUGCCAAUCCACCAGCCAGCAUCGUCUGGCGUCGCGCCGGACGCUCCGAGAUAGCGAGCUUGCAGGAAACGCUGCAGCUACGUCCUGUUGGGCGACGCGACGCUGGUCUGUACACCUGCCAGGCGCAGAACUCGGUGGGCACCUCGGAGCAGCUGUCGGUGCAGUUGGACGUUAAAUAUCCACCCAAAAUUAUUUCAGCUGGCCCCGACCGUCUCACCACCGCGCCGCUCUUCAGUCCAGCAGCGUUCGAGUGCGUGGCCGACGGCAAUCCCAUGCCCGCUUACAAAUGGGUGCAGCGUAUUUCGCAUGGCUCCAAGUAUGUGGAGCGAGGCAACGAGCCCCGCCUGGUUAUCGACAACGUGACCUAUGAGUAUCAAGGUGAAUACGAGUGCCGGGCUACGAGUUAUAUUAAUGGUCAGGAGCGCGUGGCCAUUUCGGAUCCAGUAUCACUGCAAGUUGUGGGUGCGCCCCAGGUGCUGCGUCUGCAUCCCUCGAUGCACACGAUUGCCGUAAAGCGCGGCGAGCCGGCCAUCCUCACUAUGGUGGUGUGUGCGGAUCCCCGACCGAGCCGCGUGGCCUGGGAGUGGGGCUCGCUGCGUCUGGAAGCUGGCUCGGGCAUAGAUCGCUUCCGUGCCGACGAUAUGCAGCAGGACGGGCGCGAGGACUGCUAUCUGUCCACUCUGCAUAUCCACAACAGCGAUGAGCAUGACUCGCGUCCAUAUUAUCUGGUGGUUGAGAACGAACGCGGCACCGAUCGCCAUGCCAUACAUUUAAUUGUGGAGGGUACGUUUGCAGAACCUUUGGAGAUGAGCUACUUGCUGGGCGUCGCGGGCGGCUGCAUGGCCGCCAUCCUGAUUCUGAUUUGUCUCUGCAUUUAUGCCAUCAAGAGCAAAAAAUGCUGCUUCAAAGGUUCCCGUGGCUAUAAAUCAUCGGAUAAAGACAGCGAAAAAGCUGAUUUGAAAUCACGCUCGGAUAGCACAAGUGGGCCCCAAGGUGAUUCAAUUUACACAACGCCCGCCGGCUUUCAUCAUCACCAGCAACAGCAGCAGCAGCAGCAGCAACAGCAGCAACUACAACAGCAGCAGCAGCAGCAGCAACAUGCGGUAAGCGCGCUUCAUGCUGCCGCACAGCAACAACAACAACAGCAACAAUACCCAGGACAUGGAUCGCCGGAGGCAAUGAAGUCGACAACCCUUGCAACGGCCAGCGGCCACGACGAGCUUGGCAAUCUGUUGUGGCAACAUGAGGCCACCGAGUUUACAGAACAAUUUCCCAGCUGCCCGGUGCCGCCCAUACGCCAUUGUCACGCCCACGCACACGGCCACGCCCAUGUGCAUACUUUGAACAAUCGCGGCAGUGGCUGCGGCGAGCUGUUGUCCACGCAACAGCGACACCAGCGCGACAUGUUCAGCGGCGACUUGGGCAUACCAGAGAUCAACACCCAUGUGGGCAGUGUGGUGCAUACGUUUGAGACGCUGGCGCUGCAGCGGCGCCUGGCCGAGGCCGAAAUGGAGCGAGACCGCGACUUGAGUAAGUAUAAGCAGUGCACGCGCAGCAGCAGCAACAACAACAUCAGCAACAUUGCUCACAGCAACAGCCAAAGCAAAAACAAGCAGGUGCAACGCAAAUCGCUGGAGUUGCGCCAGCGCCUGCAGCAAGUGCAACGCCAAAGGCAACGCCUACAGACACUCCAGGCACACACACAGGCACAAACUCACACACAAUUGGCGUUGCCGUUGCCGUUGCAGCGACAAUCGCAGCAUGGCCAAUGCAUACUAACAGCACCAGCACCAGGCAAGCUCAUCAACAGCUGCAGCACACAGACAUUGGCAUUGGCGCAGCAGCUGGCCAACCUGCCACGCCCCCGCCCCACAGCGCAUUCCAGCGAGCAGCUGCAGCGACCCUAUGGCGGCAUUGAGGAGGACUAUCGCAAGAAUCUGUUUGGCACGCUGGUGCGGCAGCCACGACGCAGCUUGCAGCACUCGGACGAUGAAGACGACGAUUACAUUGUAAAUGCCGCCUUCGAUGAGAUCUUCUCACGCUACCAGGACGAUGACGAGAACGAGACAGAGUUCACCCAACAAGAGCUGAGCUGCACGCAAACCGACACCAACACCAACACCAACACCGAUGAUCGCUUCGACGACGAGCACAUGCUGGUCAGCCUCAGCGAACUGGACGAUGAUGUAUUUGCAAGUCGUGCCCAAACCGCCUGCACCACGCCCACAACUGUGGCAGCUGGCCAUACGCCCAAGCAUGUUACACCAUCGCUGCAGAAAUAUCCAGCACCUGCACCACCUUUGCAGCAGCGUGCCAGCACCUUGAGCAAUCUCUUUGAGCGGCUCAAGAGCAACAGCAGCUCCAAGUUGCCCAAGCGCAUGCUCAACAAAACUCACUCCGAUCAGCAGCUGCAGGCCGAAGCCACUGGCAACGUGCAGCAGCCACUGCAUAAAUAUGCCGCUCAGCCGCAGCUGAAUACCGCCGAGCCAGACUUUAAUCGUGGCUCCACUUUAAGCCAAUCCUUUGUGCGGCAGCUGAAGCGAGUAUCAUACAAACAGAAGCGUGCGCCGCCCGCACCGCCGCCCAAGCCGCGUUCCAAUGUGGCACAUGUUAUACCGCUGCGCAAUGCUCUUAUUUUCCCCAAGCGCUCCAAGUCCUCCAACGAGCUGCUGCUCGACGAUCUCAAUGUGCAGGCGCGUAAGUAUUAUCGCCGUUCGGAGCAGAGCGCAGCGGUAUAGAGCACAAUUCUGUUUAACGCAAUUUGCUCACCCCCACCCCUUUUCUCUCACCCAUUACCCACCAGCAAAGCUUGUGAUCAGACACACCUUGAGUUGCUCCCAUAAGUCUAGCGAAUAAGUAUUAGUAUAUAAUUAUUUCUUGCUUCGAUUUUUGCCAGAGGCAACGCUCCUGUAGAUCCACUCUGUUGACUGCCUCCCUUCCCAAAAUAUCGACCCACACAUAGCAGCCGAAGAGCAAUAGAUUCACCCGCCGCCGCCAUAUGAGAAGAAACGGAAACCAAAAGAAAAGAAAAGAGAUUUGCGCCAUAGUUCGCUUCAAUCUGUUGAGCAUACGAAAUAUAACAAAAAAAAAAAAAAAUGAACUUUGAGUCAUUGCAAAAUGUAUUUGCAUACAUAACACUUUAGUACUAACUUAAUCAUUGUUUGUUAAUAGCAACAAAACGUAACGUAAAUGAAUACAUCAAAUUAUAUACGAAUAUAUAACAAUGCAUGCGAAUUAAAUUAACAAAAAUCCAUUUGCUAAUUAAUGAAA